AUCAGCCACGAGCGACUCUACUGCUUCUCUCUCUUUCUCACAGUCUGCGCCGUUGCCUCCUGGUACAGCUUCCUGCGAUAUUCCCUUUUUCCUCUUCCGAUUUUCUUCAUUCUCCAAGAUCCACUGCGAUUUUUCUCUCGGAAAUCUCCAUUUCUUUCCUCCAAAGCUUAUAUUUCCUGUUCAAUUUCUCAACUAUCAGUAAUCUGAUCGAAGAAGCUCAAUCUUUCUCUCGUACCCAUCUUCCCAUUUUCCCUGUUCCAAGUUUUCCUUCCGGUUCUCUCGAGAACAUCGCUCUCCAAGAUUCUUCAAAUUUUUAGUUCUUUCCGCCAUUAUUUUUAAAGAUUUUCAGUAUCAUCGAAGAACGUGGACCCGUGCUUUGAUCUGUGUACAGUAGCGUUCCCCAGCCAUUUUUUUUUUUGGAGAGUUCGCCGAGUUUUGUUGCUGGCGAUUUUUGUAUUUACUUUUCGUUUUUCACAUUUUAGUUCGAUUCCAGCUGUUGAUGAACUAUUUUGUCUGUAUUGAACUUUGAAAGUAAAAUUUUAGCCAUUUUUUCAGUUGAGUUUGCACUUUUGGAACUCCACCUUUUGCUUUUAUCUCUUGGUUUUGAGUUUGAGAUUAGGUUUUUAUUUAGUGUGUUUUAAAGGAAGAGUUUGAUGAUCUGGACAGGUUACUGAUUAGUUAAGUUAGUUUGGAUUACUUGCUUCUCGUUCACUUGAUUCCAAGUGACAUUGGCUGGCUUGUGUGCUGCGAAUCUCUGAUUGAGUUCGAUUUUGAAGCUACGGUUAGAUUCCCUAUUUGGCUUAUUGAUCCGGGAACUUGGAAAGGUUUCUUGCUAACAUGCAGCACGAUCAGAGAAGAAAGUCGUCUAUGGAUGUGGAUUUCUUCACAGAAUAUGGUGAAGGGAGCAGGUAUAAAAUAGAGGAAGUAAUUGGUAAAGGAAGUUAUGGUGUUGUUUGCUCUGCAUAUGAUACUCAUACUGGGGAUAAAGUUGCAAUUAAGAAAAUCAACGAUAUCUUUGAGCAUGUCUCUGAUGCAACUCGCAUUCUUCGUGAGAUAAAACUUUUAAGACUAUUGAGACAUCCAGACAUUGUAGAGAUAAAGCACAUCCUACUACCUCCAUCUAGAAGGGAAUUCAGGGAUAUAUAUGUUGUGUUUGAGCUCAUGGAAUCUGAUUUACACCAAGUUAUCAAAGCAAACGACGAUUUGACUCCAGAACAUUAUCAGUUCUUUCUUUACCAGCUUCUUCGUGGCUUGAAAUAUAUACACACAGCAAACGUCUUCCACAGGGACCUAAAACCCAAAAACAUCUUAGCAAAUGCUGACUGCAAACUCAAGAUCUGUGACUUUGGUCUAGCCAGAGUUGCUUUUAAUGAUACUCCUACUGCUAUUUUCUGGACUGACUAUGUAGCAACAAGGUGGUACAGGGCACCUGAACUGUGCGGUUCAUUUUUCUCAAAGUAUACACCAGCAAUAGAUAUAUGGAGCAUUGGUUGCAUCUUCGCAGAGCUUUUAACUGGAAAACCACUUUUCCCUGGAAAGAAUGUCGUGCACCAAUUAGAUUUGAUGACAGAUUUUCUGGGAACCCCUAAUGCAGAAGCCAUUGCCAGGAUACGAAAUGAGAAAGCUCGGAGAUACUUAAGCAGUAUGCGAAAGAAGAAGUCUGUUCCUUUCUCCCAGAAGUUUCCUCAUGCAGAUCCCUUAGCACUUCCCUUAUUGGAAAGAAUGUUGGCUUUUGAGCCAAAGGAUCGACCUACAGCAGAGGAGGCCCUUGCAGAUCCAUAUUUUAAAGGCUUAGCGAAGGUUGAAAGAGAGCCAUCUGCUCAACCUGUUACUAAGAUGGAAUUUGAAUUUGAGAGACGAAGAAUUACCAAAGAAGAUGUUAGGGAGCUUAUUUACCGGGAAAUUCUCGAGUACCAUCCAAAGAUGUUGAAGGAGUUCUUAGAUGGAUCAGAACCUACCAGUUUCAUGUAUCCAAGUGCAGUUGACCAUUUUAAGAAGCAAUUUGCAUACCUUGAAGAACACUAUGGAAAUGGUGCAACCGUUGCCCCUCCUGAAAGACAACAUGCAUCCUUGCCUAGGCAAUGUGUUUUAUAUUCAGAUAACAUGGUACAGAACUCGGCACAAGUUGUGAAUGACCUAUCCAAAUGUUCCAUCAAAGAAGUUGAGAGGCCACAAGUGGAUAGGACUUGCAAUAUUCCUUCAACUAGAGCUCCUAUUCAAGUUCCUCAAUCUAUUCAAGGCAAUGCUGUAAGGCCUGGAAAAGUUGUUGGCUCUGUGUUGCGAUACAACUGUGGGGCUACAGCAUCCGCAGUGGUACCAGAAGUUCUUGAACAGCGGAGGACGACCAGAAACCCUUCCAUUCCACCACAGUACGCCCCUAAUAACUGUUCAUAUCCUAGAAGAAACUCAUCAUGUAAAAAUGAUACGACUGAAGAUGAAGUCAUUGAAGGUUCGAAUGGACUGCAGCCAAAACCUCAGUACAUAGCUAGAAAAGUUGCUGCUGCCCAAGGUGGACCAGGAAAUAACUGGUACUGAAUUUAUAAUCCGCUAUUCGAUCUGGGGUCUGAUUGUUUCAGUAAAGACGUAACUGAUCUCCAAUGCGGGCUUGUACUAAAUCUUCUCAACGACCAUCUCCGACAAGUGUGAGUGAAACCAACAGCAUCAUUACAUGAGGAUGAUGAUGUUUCCUACCAUGAUUCAUUGGAAAGGCAAGGCAAACUGUACUCUAUGUUGCUGACAUAGUUGGGUUGCUAUCUUAGCAUUCUUUACUCUAUAUGAACACGUUGAAUGUUCAUCGUCUCGGCUGAAGUAUUGUGACUGGUUGCAGCUUACCUGGCUCUUGAAAUUAGGACCAUGACACUGAUUAUUUUGCUUUCUUUACACUUUCAAUCUACGCAGGUAUAAGUUAUAGAACUUCACUAAUCCAAUCCACUAAGAUUGCUGUUCGACUAUAUUGGGAACCUGGAAAUCAACCUUAAUCAGCAGCUGAUUCUAUGUAUGAAGUAUGUAGUAACCCUAUAGACUUAUUUAUAUUUUUUUUUCACUUCAACCGUUUUCAUAUCUAACUUCUUUGUAUCACUUGAGAAAUUCUGAUGAGCUUCUUGUUGAUUGCAUUUCCAGUUAAACUACCCAA